AUGGCCAUGCUGCAGCGCUCCGGAUUGGUCGCCCCGAGCCUCUGGGUGCGCCGUGGACCUGCAGGGGCCUCUGCUCUGCGCGGAUAUAACACCGCUGCCGCAUCCUCCUCCAUCCGCGGGCGUCAUUCUGCUUCUUCUUCAACUCGUCAUACAGUAGCAGCCAGGGACCAAAAGUCUGGUCCUUCGACUGCUCUGCAUAUCCCUUCCCCAAAAAGUCUCAUCUCUCGUCCGUAUUCGACAGCAAACCCCAAGAUGUACACCGCAUCUUUUGCCUUCUUUGAGGCCAUCUGGGAGGCCGGAAUCACCCAUUGCUUUGUCAACUUGGGUUCCGACCACCCCAGUAUUAUCGAGGCCAUGGUGAAGGGUCAACGUGAGGCCAAGGGCAAAUUUCCCACAAUCAUCACCUGUCCUAAUGAGAUGGUGGCCAUGUCCAUGGCCGAUGGCUAUGCCCGGUUAACAGGCAAGCCUCAGUGCGUUAUCGUGCAUGUUGAUGUUGGUACUCAGGGCCUUGGAGCGGCUGUCCAUAAUGCCUCCACUGGCAGAGCCCCUGUCUUGGUGUUCGCUGGUCUUUCACCUUUUACCCAGGAGGGAGAGCACCGCGGCAGCCGUACCGAGUACAUUCACUGGAUCCAGGAUGUCCCCGAUCAGAAACAGAUCCUCUCCCAGUACUGCCGGUACUCUGCCGAGAUCAAGACUGGAUCCAACGUUAAGCAAAUGGUCAACCGCGCCCUGCAGUUCGCCACCUCAGACCCUCAAGGUCCGGUAUAUCUGUGCGGUGCACGAGAGGUGAUGGAGGCUGAUCUCCAGCCCUAUUCCCUCAAGCAGCAGCACUGGGACCCCAUCGAGCUCGGAGGACUUCCCAAGAGCGCCGUCACCAAGAUUUCCGAGGCCCUGGCUGGCGCCAAGUCACCCCUUCUGGUCACAGGGUACUCUGGUCGAAACCACCAGAUCCCCGGCGCACUGGUCGAGCUGGCGAACAAGGUCAAGGGACUCCGAGUGCUGGACACUGGCGGUAGUGAUAUGUGCUUCCCCGCGGACCACCCCGCUUGGCUUGGUCUGCGAUUCGGCGCUGAUGACGCCAUCACCACUGCCGACACCAUUGUCGUCCUUGACUGCGACGUGCCCUGGAUCCAGACCCGAUGCAAGCCUCGGGAGGAUGCCAAGAUCUUUCAUAUCGAUGUUGAUCCCCUGAAGCAGCAGAUGCCUGUCUUUUAUAUCCAGUCUGAUGCUCGAUAUCGAGCCGAUGCCUUGACGGCAGUGCAGCAAAUUACCGAGGCCCUUAACAAGGAGGAGCUCAGCAGCAAGCUCCAGGCCAGUGCUGCCGAGGCUGAAGAGGAACGAUCCAAGGCAUACCAGAACAAGUUGGCGACAAUCGCCAAGGCGGCCGAGCCCCUGGCGGACGGCAGCUUCGGCACCGGUCACCUCUCCAAGACGCUCCGCGACCUCUGCCCCGAGGACACGCUCUGGGCCAUUGAGGCUGUCACCAACACGCAGUUCGUGCACGACAACCUGCAGCCCAAGAUCCCUGGUUCGUGGAUUAACUGCGGUGGUGGUGGCCUUGGCUGGUCCGGCGGUGGUGCUCUGGGUAUCAAGCUGGCGACUGACGCUGAGAAUGGCGGCAAGAACAAGGGCAAGUUUGUGGUGCAAAUUGUGGGAGACGGAACAUAUCUCUUUACUGUCCCUGGCAGCGUCUACUGGAUCUCAAGACGAUACAACAUUCCCGUCCUGACAAUUGUGCUAAACAACAAGGGUUGGAACGCUCCCCGCAGAUCUCUACUACUCGUCCACCCCGACGGUCUUGGCUCCAAGGCCACAAACGAAGAGAUCAACAUCUCGUUCGACCCGGUGCCCGACUACUCCGGCAUCGCCAAGGCCGCCGCGGGCGGAGACAUCCACGCUGCCAAGGUAGACCAGGCGUCUGAGCUGGAGAGCGUGCUCAAGGAGGCCAUCGCAAAGGUGCAGGCAGGCCAGACAGCUGUGGUGGACUGCAAGGUGGCGCCCGACUGCUAA